GCUACAUACACGGCACAAUUAUUUAGUUCACAUUGCCGUAAUGUUUCAAUGGAGACUGGAGCAUUGUUCGGUCCAAUGAAGCGGUUCCCUGUAAUUCGGCACUUUUCUCUUGGCUUCAUUUACCUUUCGGAGCAGAGCGGGGGCAGAAGGCCUCUCCAGUAAAGGGGAACUCGAAGCGAGCAGCAACGGCCGUUUCCUGGUGAGAAGGUGUUACUUGAACAGCAAGUGCUGCCUGCUGUGGGAACGUAAUCAUUGGUGGUACUCGCAGCAAGGCGGUUGAAGCUGAUCCUAGUCCUGAAAAACAGUUUUACAUUGGAACAGUAACUGGUGAUGGCAGACCUGCCUGAAGUCUUCCUAGUCCCGAAUGGGUUCAACAAGACGCAGUUCUGCCCAGAGUUCAGCAUCUUCAAGGGCCCCGACGGCAUCCGCUAUUCGGACAAGUACUCCGACGCCAGCGCUACCUGGGUCAUCUCUGCUUCCAUUCUCAUAUUCUUCAUGAAAACUGGCUUUCUCUUUGUCGAGGUUGCAUUCGUCUCAGAUAACCACCAGGCCACUCGCCGUGUGGUCCUGGCCAAGUACCUGGACACCUGUGCCAGCGCAAUUGGCUUCUAUCUGUUUGGAUACGCCGUGUCAGGAGCAGCCGGAGCAAAUAAAGCAGUCUUGGCUGAAGAAAAUGACUUCAUCGAGUGGUUCUUCAGGUUCACAUUUGCCAGCAACACCGCUACAAUUCUUCACGGCACGCUUGUCGGGGAGAAACGGAAGUUACGCAUGCUGGCGCUGUUCCUGUACGCAUUCCUGAUCAGUGCCUUUAUCCAUCCGUUCAUAGCACGUUUAUUGUGGAGUCCUGUCGGAGCCUUUUCCCCGUAUAGGUUCUGUAAUGGCACACUGAAUCGUGAGACUGGGCAGUUUGAUUACCAACGGUCGUUCCCGGGGCCCAACGACAACAUUGUGUUCUUCGACUUUGCCGGCUCCGGCGUUGUGCACAUGCUUGGUGGGUUUGGCGGCCUGGUUCUGGCUCUCCUCUGCAAGCUAGAUCUUCACAAAGCCAACAAGAAAAAUGCCAAGGUUGAACGCAAUGAACACGGCGAAUACCGGGUCAGUAACAACUUCAACGCCAGUGGUGUCUCGGCCGCGUCGCGGUCUAGCAUCAAGCGGGGAUCAAAGGGCAGCUCGCGCACCAGCGGCGGCCCCAUGGAAAUGAGCACGUUGAGUGCGAAUACACCGUCACCCGGCGCUGACCCAUCGCUACAGCAGACCGGACCCAGCGUGGCGUAUCUACCAGCCGACGUAGUGGUGGCAGGUGGUGUGUCCAUCAAUAGCUCGGUUGAAACACGACAUACAAAUGCGGACACGCGGAUUGACGAAGAAGAUGAUUUCCUGGACUGGAUGUACCCCAGAGACUCUUCUGGAGAGCACAUGGAGUUUGCUGCUCUUGGUGUGCUGAUUCUGUGGAUGACCUUCUUUGCGUUCAACUGUGGUACGACGGAGAGCGUGUCUGGAAAGGUUCACCACUCCAUUCUGGGACGCAUUGCACUCAACAUGGUGGUCUCGGGCUGCUUCGGCGGCAUAUGCGGCAUCCUGAUAGCACUGUUCGCGCAGCUCAGGUCACGCAGCCGAUUCAUCAACACCAACGAGAUUGCCAACUGCAUUCUCGGUUCACUGGUGGCCAUCACAGGCGUGUGCCCGUACAUUGACUCUCCACGGGCAAUCGUUGUUGGCAUUGGGGCCACUCUGUUUUAUCACCUCGGAGCACACGCCGAGUUCCGUUGGAAGAUCAACGACACGGCCCGUGUGUUCCCGGUCCAUGGCAUGUGUGGCAUGUGGGGAUUACUGUGUGUAGGUAUUCUUGGACAAGCCAAUCUUAUUCGCCAGACCUAUGAGAACCUAUGCCAGUGCUUGGAGAUCCGCCUACCCGACACAGUAGAUGAUGCAUGGAUGGUUUUCCUCUAUCAGCUUGGAGCCAUCGGCGUCAUAAUGGCGUGGAGUGUCGGCAGCUGCGGCUUCGUCUUCAUCGUCCUCCGCGCCAUUCCCAUGCAGGGCUUUGCCAACAUGGUGGACUUCUUGUUUGUGGAUUUCUUCGACCACUACAUCCUCCCGGUGCUGACUGUCAUAAUCGCGUGCAAGAAGCCUGGACCACGGCGGUAUCAGCGCAGUCGCAAUGGAAGGAACCCCGCCAAGUCCGAGGACGCAGAUGCGGAAGACAACAGCAGAGCGCUGUCGACGUAUGAAGUGACCGCACGUGAGCGCACGGCUGAGGAGUUGUUUGUCUUUGAAGGCGGCAUGCUACUGACUGGAGAAACCGAGUACGGUACUGGCAUUGAACAGCAAGCCUAACUGUUAGUAGUUACCGAGUCUUUGGCUAGGUUUUGAUUCGUACAUCAGAGGCAAACUACAGGUGUUUCUAGUCUCUUCCCUCCGCUUUUCACCCUUCUCUUCUUUUCACCCUUCUCUUCUUCUUUCCUUGUUCCAAUUUUCUCCGCCGAGUUCACCGUAAUUUUAUUUCUUUGAACAGUUUCAUUGAUGCUUUGUAGCAGAGAGCAAUUAUAUUUCCAAAUUGUCCAGAAAUAGUCCCCGUUUCCAGACCUCCUGUCCUACAGAGGUCUAUGAGCCUUGAGCGUUCCUUUGCACGCAAACAUUUUUCCCAAGCAUACAUUUCUGACUGGUGCAGUCUCCCGCUGCUGGAAAGCUGCCGUUGUGAACUUGUGCACUGCUGUGGUGGCAGUGUUUGCUGCGCGGCGUGGGCACGUGAGAAUUGCCCUAUCCCACAAGAGUAUGCAUUGUAAGUUUUUGACCCUGCUCCGUUUCCAGAAUGUGUGCUGUUCGGGCAGGAGGUCAUUGUUGUUUCAUUUAUUUUAAUUCGCCGAAUCAAACGGGCAGCAAGCCCAAUUACAUG